AGUGAGGCUCAAAGAUUCAUGGCGUCACAUGUCGGGGCCACCCUAACACGGCGUUCUUCCGCCCGGCCGGUCAAGACUGCCCAUGGAGCCUGACGAGGAAGCGCGGAAGAUCCUCAAAAAGGCGGAGGACCUCUUAGUGCUGGGGAAGAUCUUAGAAGCGCUCGAACAGGCGCAGAUCGCUCGGGACUACUACCUCGAGAGCGGGGACACCGCUCUCGAGGCCGAGGCCUUCCGGAUCGAGGUCUUGGCCAAGCAGGAUGAUGGCGAGUAUGGUGCCGUCAACGGCGAGCCCACGGUGAAAGCCCCAGAGAUCGAUUUGCUUUGUGAGAUCGAGCUAGCUCGCUUCCAAGCUGCUGAGCACUUUAAGGCGGAAGCAGUGAUUUUGUACACCUUGGUGGAGGUCAAUGUGACCCGGCCGUUGCACAAGAUGCGCGGUGAGAGCCAGCGCUGGUGCGAGGAAUCCCAACGGAUCUUCAACGAGCUGGGCGACACCUUCUGGGAGGGUCGAGCGGCGUUGAUGAUGGUGAAUGUGCUGCACAAGUUUCAACAGCCUAAAGAAAUGCACCGCUAUGCCAAGCAGGCCUACGAGCUCUUUGGCGUGGUGGGCGAUCGCAAGAGGCAGGGCAUGUCGCUCCACGCGAAGGCUCUGGCGUGUUUGAACGAGAAGAACACGCCUGGAGCCGUGGAGAACGCCUUGGAGGCCUUGAGUAUCUACCGGGACAUUGGAGACCGGCGUUUGGAGAUCGCUGAGCUGAAGACCAUCGCCAUCUGGCGGAUGACCCUUGAGGGGAAGCAGGGCAAGAUCGCCGCGCGCGAGGCGGUGGAGGCCGUGGAGUUGUCGCGGAAAUAUCCAGAGCCCAACCAGGAGACUGUGACACUCCAUGUGGCACUGCAAGCCCUGCUGAACAUCGGCGAGCGGAAGCAGGCGAAGGAGCUGGCCUCAGUCUCCCUAAAGCGCUUCGAGAAGGACCCCAAGCUCUACUUAGAAGUGGCGACCUUGAAGGUGUUCUUGUCCCAGCUGGAAGGUGACUUCUCAGAGAAGGACAUGGACCUGGUCGAGGGUAUCAAGUCCCGAAAGCAGAAGAUGCACAUCUUGAUCGAUCUGGCUCGCUCACAUGUGAACCACAAGAAGUACAAUGAGGCUGAGCCACUGGUCAAGGAGGGCUUAGAGAUGGCCAGGGAGUUCAAGAAGGUCUUCCGAGAGGCGCAGGCCUUGUCGCUCAUGGCGGAGAUCCAAUUGGCCAAAGGAAAUCACUUUGAGGCCAUGUCCUUCGUGAAGAAGUCCAAGAAGCUCUACACAAAAGAGUCAGACCGAGAAGGCCAGGUCUCCGCCUGGCUGCUCCUGGCGCGCUGCCAUUUGGCGGCCAAGAACCACGAAGAAGCGCAGAGCUCCUGUCGUGAAGCACAUGCGCUUUGCGAGGAGACCAAGAACUAUCAGCAAGAGAUUGAGGUGUGGCAACAAGUGGUGGAGCUGCAUAUGGCCACUAGCCACCAUGAGGCAGCACUGCAAGCUGCGGCGAAGCGUUUGGAGGUGGCGCAGAGGAACAAAGCCUCAGUGAAGGACCAGGUGGAGGCGUUGGAUGUGAUUUGCACCCUCUACUUGGUGAUGAAGAACGUCCCCGAAGCCGAACGCUCGGCCGCCGAGAUGCUCCGCAUGGCCAAGCUCAACGAGAGUCUCAUUGAUUUGGAGAUCGCUGCUUUGAUCCAGCUGGUCCAAGUGAACAUCCUCCGCCUCUCGGAGAGCGCGGGCGGUGCGGCGUCCGCGGGGAAGGCGUUGCAGUACGCAGAGCAGGCCUGGGCCUUGGCAUCCAGGGAUUCGGCCGGAUUGGAUUACAAGAGCUCGGCCAAGUACUGGCAUGCAGAGGCCCUCAUUGGUGCCGGAAGGCAUCCACAGGCAUUGACCGCGGCGCGAGAAGCAGAGCAGUUCUUCAAGCAGAUGGUGGUGAAGGAUUCCGGAGGCCUCUUCCGGAGCAUUUUGCUUCAGGGCCGGUUGGAGCGGUCACUGGGGAAGCUCGAAGAAUCCAAGCAGAGCGUCGAACGUGCGCUGAGCUUGGCCACCGAGGCCAAAAACCAGGCGUGGCAGAAGAUGGCCAGAGAGGAGCUCGAUCAACUUUUGCGCCCUCCGCCCACGGACGACGAUGACGAGGGCGAGCCGCUCUUCGCACGUGCCGCCGGCACGGCGGUCGCCCCGCGCAGUGGAGCACGGAGCGCUGGACUGGAUCGAAAUUUGAUCAAGGGGAAGCUGCUGGAGCACGUGCGCAGUGUGUUGACGGAGGAGGGGACUGUGGAUGCCGAGACUCCACUGCUGGACAUGGGCCUGGACAGUCUGUCUGCCAUGGAUCUGCAAAAUCUCAUCGCAUCGUCCUUUCCCUUUAGCCCUCCAUCUACCACCAUCCUCUUCGACUACCCAACGGUGCGGGAGCUCACGGAGUAUUUGGUCGACCAGAGCCAAGAAGCUGGCCUUUAGUUCACGUGGACGGAAUCCACGCCGUUCGUUUCUCGUGGCGGGGCGCCCCCUCCACCCACGAACGUUACACGUGGUUACACCACGCGUGGUCACACCGCGCGCGUUCCCGGGUGGGAGAGCGGUGAAAUCCGACGUCCGUUUUGAGCCACGCCGGGCAAUGCCAACCUUCGAACCGUCCGAUCUUCCCGGCGCUUCGCAAAAAGAGGGGCGCUUUUGCCGGAAGCCGGGGAAACAGGAGGUGGAGAGAUUGGAAAUGACCCCAACAUCUGGGGGAAUUGAGAGGUUAGGUUGCACAUGGACCCUUCAUUUCUAUGUUGGAAUAUGGUCGAAACGGAUCCGUGCAAUUCUUGAUUGUUUUGUUUUAUUUUUUGACAGGGGCUUUCAACGAUGGCCAUAAUGUGUUUGUUAUUGCUUGGCGUGGGUCACAAACUGACUCUCAACAUUUAUAUACUCCAAAUUGCACGUAGAUGAUUCAUGUAAAGGGGG